AUCAUUCAACUUCAAGUGGCACAUCCUCGUUUAAGCCCAGCCGAUCACUGGUUUCUAUUCCCACUGCCCAUGUGAUGCCGUCUAAUGCCAGCUCUUCACUUUCCAAACACAGGGAAGCUUUCAAAUCUGAUGGCUCAAAAUGGAGUACAAGCUUUGUACGGUCAGGAGGAGGCAGAAAUCCAGGUGCCCUGGACAAUUCUCUUGACAUGAAAGAUGCCAGACCUGUAAGAAAAUGGUCCUCCUUGUCUAAACUCAGCUCUCCAAAUACCUUCAGCCAAGAUGGUAGUAGUCAUUCAGUGGACUCCAGGGCUAGUACAGACAAAGCUGUGUCACCACAAUUAAGGACAAAUGGGCCAAGUUGUUUGCAUGAUAGCAUGGAGUUGCUAAAAAUUGAGGACAAAGACACGGGGAAAAAACGAUCUUCUCUACUGGACUGCAAAUACAAAUUUGAAACGUGCAGCAAAGAUGAUUUUGUUUCAGAUCCCUCAAGUAGGAGACAUGCCUUAGACUUGACCUACAGUGCCUUACCUGAAUGCAAACCUACGGCAGCCAGUUGUGAAGCUUUCGGACAGAGAUAUGCAACUCUGGGACAACAGGCUGUGAGUGGAGCUCCCAUACAGCCAGCAGUGAGGACUCAAAUGUGGCUUAAAGAACAGUUACGUGCAAAUCCCCUGGACUGCAGGACUGCUGAGGAGCCCUACGGCGUAGCUGCAUGGCAUGUGCAGCAGCUUGAAGAUUUUAGAACAGGAGGUGAACAGCCUGUGCAGGUUCCGACUGGAACAUCUCGUCAGAGUUACCCAGCUACCAGCUAUCAAGACUUCAGCAACUGGGAAUCUCUAAUGAAAAUUAAAGAGGGGCUACUAAGACAGAAAGAGAUUGUGAUUGAUCGGCAAAAGCAGCAAAUUAACAAUUUACAUCAGAAGAUAAGGGAGAAUGAAUUACGAGCUCAACACGCAAGACUGAGCCAUCUUGUGAACUGCGAAGAACCGUACAUGACUAAUUUGCAGCAACCACAGUAUGAGAGCACACCACUGCAGCCUCACGUUUCAGAAAGAUCAACGUCCCACCUUGAGGAGCUUGAGCGAAAGGUUGCAGCAGCUGAGAAUAAGGAAUUGCAACUCAGUGAAUUUGUAAAACAAAUUUCAAACAAAUCUAGUGAGGACAAAAAGAAGAUGGAGGAGAAACUUAAAACUAGAGACCGAUAUAUUAACAGCCUGAAAAAGAAAUGCCAGAAAGAGUCUGAGCAAAACAAAGAAAAACAAAGACGAAUUGAAACCUUAGAAAAAUAUCUGGCUGACCUACCAACACUGGAUGAUAUAGAAGGACAGACUAAACAGCUGCAAAUUCUAGAGGAGAAGAACAAGCAGCUUCAAGAAACUAUGACUGAGUUAGAAAAGAAGCUCGGAGAGGCCCGAUCGCAGUGCAGAGAGAGAGAAUUGCAACUGGUGUGUCAGAAGAAAAAAGAAAAAGAGCUGGUCACAACAGUACAGAGUUUACAGCAGAAAGUAGAAAAAUGCCUGGAAGAUGGUAUUCGCCUUCCCAUGUUGGACACAAAACAGCUGCAGAGUGAGAAUGAAUGUCUCAAAGAAAAGAAUGAGAAAGCCAGUAAGGUCAUAGACAAUCAGCAAAAUCAGAUAGCUGGACUGAUUUUGGACAUGCAGUCUAUGCAAGAGAAGCUUUUGCAAGAAAAGCUAAUAGUUCAGAAGAUGAAAAAUGAGCUUGAAGAAAAAGAAAGGAAUAUAGAGCAGUUAAAUAAAACUCUCUCUGAAAACCAAAGACUGAUGGAAGAGAAUGCCUCCCUGAAGGAGCAGAUAUGGCAGGUGGAACAGUCCAGGCAGCCAGUAUCUGAGAAGAUGCCUAUUGCAGACCAGUUGUUCAAGGAAAUGUCUCAUUGCUUGUUUGACUUGAAAGCACUGUGCAGUAUUCUUACCCAGAGAGCUCAGGGCAAGGAGCCUAACCUUUCCUUACUACUGGGAAUCAGAUCGCUGAGCUGUUCAGCUGAAGAGAAUGAAAAUUACCACAGCACAGAAACCCUUUCGAAGAAGCUCUUGGACGUUUGUCAGUUACGAAAGGAUAUUGAUGAGUUAAGGACUAUAAUGUCGGACCGUUAUGCUCAGGACAUGGGGGACAACUGCAUUACUCAAUGACAACAUUUCAUGUAGUAGCAAAUGACUGAUUAAAUGCUGCUGUGUCACAGG